UUUCAACGUUUCCUUUCUUCAUCGUCUUUUUCUCUUUUUGUCUUUGCAUUUCCCUCCCUUCCAUUUGUCUCUUCUCUCUACUAUCUCCAAGCAUCAUUUCUCUAAUUUUUUUUCUAUACUCGUAAUACUACUCUCGACAUCCUGACAAUCCUUCCAGUAUGAGUCCCGCAAUCACCGAGAUCACCAACUCUGCAUCCAGCUCCGCAGGAGCUGCCAAAGCUAUCGCCAUCUCACAGCUGCACGAGUUCCUGUCGGGUGGAUUUCCAGAUAUUUUCAGAUGGAGUCUUAAUCGACCGCCAACGGCAGAGGAGUUGAACGGCAACUUGUGCAGUCUGUUUAACGCCAUGUUCGAGCACUUUCGAAAUGCCUUGCCUGCCAAUGAUCCUUCACCCGACUGCUUCAUCUUUACAGAGCCCGGCAAGCCCAGUGUGACCUUUGACGAGCUUUGCAGUCGCAUCAGCCAUUUUACCCAGAUCUUGGCCCAGGAAGGGCCCUACAAGAGCAAGUCCAGGGCGUCUCUGAGCAAGGGAGACAGGGUUCUGAUCCUUUCGUCUUUAGGAGUCGAUUUCUUCGUGGGCUCGAUCGCCUGUCUGUCUUUGGGCGCCACUUUGAUCUUGCUGGAUCCGUUCAUGGAGAGAGCCAAGAUGAAUGUCUGCAUCGAGUCGGUUCUGCCCAUUGCCCAUAUUGUAACCAACAUGAAACUGACAUCCUUCAAGAAGUGGGUCCUAUCCAGGGCUGUCCCUGCCUUGAAGGAUAUCCCAAAUGUUGUCGAAAUCCCUGUGAAUGUUGACAAGAAGACCUUAGCCGCAGCUCCCAAGACGAUUCCAAUUGUCUCGAUUCCUGGUGAUACGACCGCAUUGCUCUCAUUCACAACAGGCUCGACCGGAAACCCCAAGCCCAUACGCAGAUCUCAUGACUACCUCCGCGCCCAGACAAUCGCAGUCUUCUGUCAAAAGGAAAUCAAGGCAUCUUCAGCUGAGUCUCCAACAAUGGUACCAAAGGCCGAAUCUUCUGAAGCUGCAGAGGUCGCCUCUGCUGCAACGUCGCACAGGCCUGUCAAGGCGGUGACCAACCUGCCUGUAUUUAUCUUUGGUCAGAUCAUGCUGGGUUACACAACGCUGAUUCCCGAUAAUUUCAACCCCGCAGGCGUCAAUCCUGCACCUCUCCUCGAGGCCAUGAUCCGCCACAACGUUCAGGUAGCCUUUGGUUCGCCUGCAUUCUUCCUACGUAUCCUGCAGCAUUUGGAGGAAACCGGUGGCGUCGAUCAGCACGGCAAGUUCCUGAACCCACUUCCUGUCAGGGUCCUCUGCUUGGGUGGCGCGCCAGUAUUUUCCUCAGAGCUCGAUAUCAUGCGCAGAGGUGUCAAGGGCGCCGCGUUCAUCUUUUACGGUGCAAGUGAGGCCGAGCCCAUCUCUAAGAUCCGAGUCGAGGAGCGAAUUCUCCUGGAAGCCAAUCCUUCUAAUACCCUGGCUUCCUCGCAAAAGGCAAAAGGACCGAACGGGAUUUCAGGGCUAGAUUUCAACAAGGCCGAUUCGGACUCUGGUUUUGACGGCGGAAAUGUUAACGCAAUAUGCGUGGGUCACGUCGACCUGGACGGCGGGUUCGCGCUUACGGCGAUUGCACCCCUGGAUGACAAGGACGCAAAUGGGAAGCAGUUCCUGGGGCUCGGUCACAUUGGCGAGAUUGUUGUCUCGGGUCCCCAUGUCCACAUCACUACUACCUCCGAUGAUGAACGUGUCAUACGCGAACUCCCCUCGGCAGCUAACGGUGGGAAGGACAGAGUCUGGCUCAGGACAGGCGAUUGCGGCUAUCUAGACAGUGCCCGUCGUUUGUGGUUGGUUGGUCGUGCGUCAUGGGUUGUCAAAGAGGACUGGGAAGAGGACGGCCUUCACUCUCUCCGCUACUGGCCUAUUGUUAUCGAGCGGUCUGUUCUCGAGACCUUUGGUCCCUCGCACGGCGUCACGUAUGUCGUCUUCAUGCCAUCAGGAACGACAGGCAAGCCAGCCUUGUUUGUUGAAGUGCCUAAAGGUCUUCCACUUGCAGCCCACACCCUGAUUCUCGAGCACCUUCAAGAGACCUUUGACGUACCUGUCGAUGAGCUUCAUGUCUUCCGAAAACUGCCCCGGGACAAACGUCAUGCAUCCAAGAUCAACACUAUGGCUCUGACCAAGAUGAUCAAGAACAAGAAGGCCACUGACAAGGUCAUCAUUCAGCGUGGUGACAUUAACGGAACUCUCAAUGACAGUCUUCGUCGUGGACUCACCCCUACCUCGUUCAAAAUUUCCUCGACCUCCUCUAACCUUGCUGCGCGUGAUACGCUUGCUAAUGCCGAGGUUCCUCCUUCCGUCCCCGAAGGGCACCGCUUCAAGUUUUCGGACCCUAAGCAGAACCACUUUUUGUUUGCAUGGCACCCUGCUCAUCUUCUAGUGCAGUAUGGAGGCGGGAAAGCCAAAAACAUGGCAACUCUUACGAACCUUGUAAGCAGAGUACCCGGUGUCCGUGCUACUGUCCCUGCAUGGUUCUGUGUCUCGACCGAGGCAUUCAAGGCCUUCCUGUUGGAAAAUCACCUAGACUCUCAAAUUGCUCCCCAUAUCACCACCGCUGAGGGGCUGGAGGCAUUCCAUGCUUCCUUGACGCAAAAGAUCAUGGCUGCUCCGCUGUCGUCCGCCAUGACACAAGAGAUCACCGCUUUGGUUGAGUUCCUCAGCUCUACGACAUCGUCUUCAACUAGUAGACCUUACUUUGCCGUGCGAUCUUCCGGUGCCGACGAGGACUCUGUAUCCCACUCUUUCGCAGGCCAGUUCGACUCCUUCCUAUACCGUCAGUCGAUGGACGAGAUUAUCACAGCGCUGAAGAAGUGCUGGCUGUCAGCCUUCGCACCCCGUGUUAUGUCCCAUCGCCUUGCUUGUAGCUUGCCAGUGAACCAAGUCCGCAUGGGUGUCGUCAUCCAGAUUAUGGUUGACUCCGAGUGCGCUGGUGUUGCCUUCUCUCGCCACCCAUUGAAUCCGAUUAGCGCCCAUGUUUCGCUGGUUGAGGCUGUCUGGGGUCAGGGUGAAGCCUUGGUCAGCGGUGCUGCUGAGCCCGAUUCGUUUGAGGUCGAGCGCGGACUGAACGGAAAGGUCAAGGAGACAUUGGUUCCCAAGCCGAAGAUGUGGAUCCGCAACAGCGGUGAUGCCGAGGGCAGCGAUGCUACUGGUCUUAUCGCUAUUGACGUCCCGGAACCCAAGGCCAGCGCUGCUACUCUGUCGCACGACCGUGCCAGAACUGUGGGCGCCACCGUCUCGGGGCUGGAGUCCUUGAUCGGAACCCCCGUUGACUUUGAGUGGGCAUAUCAGGAGGAAGACCCUAUGCUCUACUGUCUGCAAGUUCGCCCUAUUGUCAACUUGCCCCCAGCGUCGUUCUUUCUUGCCACGGACCCAGUCAAGUCGGAAACUUCGUCCGAGACGUUGCACGAAUCUGAUAUCUCUAUUCAAUCCUCCGUCUCAUCAAUCGAGGGCAAAGAGACAAAGAGCAAGAAUAAGAGCGAUCUCGUUGACUUGUCCACAAUCGCCGACCGAGCAUUGGACUCGUUGGCGGCGGCUCCUCAGGGCAUGAGCGUCACCCUAUGGGAUAAUUCCAACAUUGUCGAGUCCUACUCCGGCGUGACCACGCCAUUGACGUUCUCCUUUGCCUCAUAUAACUACCGUAUCGUUUAUGAGACCAUGCUCACCUUCUUGGGAACGCCCACCAAGUACAUCCAGGGUAACGAAGACGCCUUCGUCAAUCUUCUUGGGUAUGUCCGUGGAAAUGUCUACUACAACCUAAUGAACUGGUACCGGCUACUGCUGCUGGCUCCCCUUGGCAAAUUCUCGGAUCCCAAACACAUGGAGACCAUGAUGGGUGUCAAGCAAGGGCAGGACGGCAACGCGGACAUGGAGAAGGAGUUCAAAAAGAUUCUUGAUGCCAGACCAAAGUUUAACGCCUGGCACCGCACCAGCUUGUUGCUCAAAUAUAUCUCUGCAUAUCGCAACAUCGACCGCAUCGUCAACAACUUCUUCGCUAACUUCGAUGCCUUCUACAGUACUGGCCGUGAGAUGAACUUUACGACCAUGUCCCUCGAGGAGAUCGCGAUUUACUACAAGCGUAAUGCUAGUGCCCUCCUACGCGACUGGAAGGCACCUGUGAUCAACGAUCUCCUAGUGAUGGGAUUCUUCGGGACACUCAAAUCCUUCAUUGCCAAGCAUCUUGUCGAGCCCAAGGCAGUUCCUACCGCCGCUGGCGGCGUUACUCCCUCCGCUGCCGAAACCACUGCUGCUGCCGCUGAUGCCGCCGCUGUGGAUUCCCUUCAAAACGAUCUUCUUUGCGGCGAGGACGUGGAGUCCGCCAAGCCUACGAAGAUGCUGAUGGAGAUUGCCAAGUCGAUUGACAACACCAUUGAGUAUCCUGGUCUUGGUGAAUGGUUUUCGAGCCAUAAGGACGAGAUCCUGAAGGCUGUGAAACCUGAAGAGAACCAGUGGAUCCUGCGCUCGACCAUUCUGAAACUGUCCUUUAUUAAGGCUAGCGAACUCCUGGCAGAUUUGAGUGUGACCCAAGCUGGACAGCAGCAGCCACCUGUCCAAGUUGUCGCUGAUGUGUUGGCUAUGCUCUUAGAGUUUUUGGACUCGUAUGGAUUCCGAUGCAUUAACGAGCUUAAGUUGGAGGAGAAAGACCUUAACGACGACCCAGCAUUCGUCAUUGACGCUAUUUCCGGCUAUGUCCGCACAAAGGCCUACGAGGUUGAUGAUCUCGACAAUCGCGAACAGCAAAUCCGCGCGGCCGCCGAGGCUCUGGUCCAUCAGAAACUCAAGGGUACUCAGUUGAAGAUCUUUAUGUGGCUCCUCCGGAACACCCGCCGCGUUGUCAAGCACCGUGAAAACCUUCGCUUUGCACGCUCCAAGGUCUUUGGUGUUAUGCGCCGCAUCUUUCGUGGCAUGGGCCAUCAGCUCGUCAAGUUGGGUGCCCUUGAGGCUGAGCAGGAUGUCUUUUUCCUGACCACCGAGGAGCUUCUGUCAUAUGUCGAUGGCCGUGCUGUCUCCAGGGACCUCAAGGCCCUGACAAAGCUCCGCAAGACUGAGUACGAGGGCUAUGUUGCUGAUGCUAAUGCUCCACCAGAGCGUUUCAUCACGCGUGGUGCUGCAGGCGUUUACAUGUGGUACCCACACAUCCUUGCAGACUUGGAUCUCCUCAAGGACGCAGAGGAUUCCAACGGCCCACCAGAGCCCGGUGUCCUGAAGGGUGUCUCGUGCUGUCCAGGCAUUGUUGAAGGAGUUGUCCGGGUUGUCAAGGAUAUCACUGAGACCAGGGAUCUCAAUAAUGAGAUCCUGGUUACGGCUAGAACGGAUCCAGGAUGGGUGCCGCUUUACCCCAUGUGCUCAGGCCUUCUGAUCGAGCGUGGAUCGUUGCUCAGUCACUCGGCUGUGGUAGCGCGUGAGUUAGGCCUGCCGACGAUUGUUGGUAUCUCGGGCGGGCUGAUGAAGCGGCUCAAGACAGGCAUGCGUAUCAAAAUGGAUGCUGGAAAGGGCAAGGUGUAUAUCUUAGACGAGCUCGAGGCUUUGGAGAAGGCGAACAGCACUAGCGAAGUUAUUGCUGCCCCCGCUGCGGAGGCUGAACCAAUCUCUGCGUAAAGGAGCACUAUACGAAAUAUUACAAUCAGCAACGAAUAUUAUGAACAAGAACAGCAAUGUACAAUAAGAAAGGA